AUGUCUCCUCAGGAAUUUAUGGUUGCUCUUUGUAUGUGGCUUGGCAUUCCUGUGUUUUUAUCUCCUACUUCAUCCGUUAGGUGUCCUUGUGGUACUGUCAUUGAUACACAUGGAGAUCAUGUCUUGGGUUGUGGUCAUGGCUCACUAAGAAAUAAAAGGCAUGACACACUUUGUGAUGUCAUUUUCAACACAGUUCUUGUUGACAAUCGCGACUGCAAGAAGGAGCAACGGUGCAACAGCCACAACAAUGCCAGACCAGGGGAUGUGUUUCAUCUUGACUUCCUGCAGGGCCCAGGUGCAUAUUUUGAUGUGACUGUGAGGAAUUCCCUACAGGCAUCAUAUCUCUUAGAAUCAGCCACCCAACCAGGAGCUGCAGCUGCUGGAGGAGACUCCGAGAUGAUUGCACGGUAUGAAGAUGAAGUUAACGCAGCUGGAUGUGACUUCUAUUCUCUAGUUGUAGAGAAACUGGCCAUUUGGUCUCGUAGUUCUUUAGAGAUUUUAAAAAUUAUAGCAAGAAGAACUGUUUUAACUACAGGGACAACGGUCUCUAAAGCUAUCCAGCAUUUACUGCAACAACUUUCUUUUAGUCUUGGGCGGUAUAAUGCUAAACUGAUUUUGGACAGACUAGCCAUCUGUAAUGUUGACAAUGUUAUGUGGGAGAAUGUGUGA